GAGCCAAGGCUGGCGGACAGCCCUGGUCUGAGCCAGAGGGGGAGGCGGUGAGGGGACACAGGCACCGGGAAGAGGGUCUGCAGACCCGGGGGUACGGGUCGGGAGUAGCCGGGAAGGGCGAGGACUAAGAGCGGCCUGGCGCUCGGAAUACAAGAGAUAGGUGCUGUGAGGGCUGUCAGAGGCUCCGAGUGUGGAUUCUGCGCAGAGGUCCGCGACUCGGCUGCGAUCACUGCGCAGAAAUCGGGAGACGCCAGCGAGAGCCUGGAGAGGCGGAGGUCGGAGAAGCCGGGAGUUCCGCGCCCAGCCGGGGUAGCCGGCGGCGCUAGGACGCGGGAGGCACCGGCAGAGCGGAAGCGCCGCGGCGGGCGGCUCGCAGGCGGCCGGGGGCGGCGGCGCGCAGGCACCAUGACUCCCGUGAGGACCCAGCACUCCUUGGCGGGCCAGACCUACACAGUGCCUCUCAUCCAGCCGGACCUGCGGCGAGAGGAGGCCAUCCAGCAAGUGGCAGAUGCCCUGCAGUACCUACAGAAGGUCUCUGGAGACAUCUUUAGCAGGAUCUCCCAGCGGGUAGAACUGAGCCGAAGCCAGCUUCAGGCCAUUGGAGAGAGGGUCUCCUUGGCCCAGGCCAAAAUCGAGAAGAUCAAGGGCAGCAAGAAGGCCAUCAAGGUGUUCUCCAGUGCUAAAUACCCAGCCCCAGAGCACCUGCGGGAGUACAGCUCCAUCUUCACAGGAGCCCAGGACCCCAGCCUCCAGAGACGUCCCCGGCACAGGAUCCAGAGCAAGCACCGGCCCCUGGAUGAGCGGGCUCUGCAGGAGAAGCUGAAGUACUUCCCUGUGUGUGUGAACACCAAGCCAGAGCCUGAGGAUGAGGCCGAGGAGGGGCUGGGGGGUCUUCCCAGCAACAUCAGCUCCGUCAGCUCCUUGCUGCUCUUCAACACCACUGAGAACCUGUACAAAAAAUAUGUCUUUCUGGACCCCCUGGCUGGAGCUGUAACAAAGACCCAUGUGAUGCUGGGGGCAGAGACGGAGGAGAAGCUAUUUGAUGCCCCUCUGUCCAUAAGCAAGAGAGAGCACCUGGAGCAACAGGUUCUAGAGAACUACUUCUAUGUGCCUGACCUGGGCCAAGUACCCGAGAUCGACGUGCCGUGCUACCUGCCCGACCUGCCGGGCAUCGCCGAUGACCUCAUGUACAGUGCCGAUCUGGGCCCCGGCAUUGCUCCCUCGGCCCCCGGCACCAUCCCAGAACUACCCACCUUCCACACAGACCUGACCGGGCCUCUCAAGCCAGACCUAGAAGGUGGGGUGUUAACAGCACCCCCGCCCCCUCCACCUCCACCACCACCUCCCCCAGUGCUGGUCAGCGCUCCCCCACCGCCGCCACCACCCCAGACUGUGGCCCCUCCAGGCCAGGGCGCCAGGGAGGACAAUGGCAGCAGCAGCGUGUCCCCGUCAGCUGCAGUCCAGGGAGCCCCCAAGGAAGUGGUUGACCCCUCCAGUGGCCGGGCCACACUGCUGGAGUCCAUCCGCCAGGCUGGGGGCAUCGGCAAGGCCAAGCUCCGCAGCGUCAAGGAGCGGAAGCUGGAGAAGAAAAAGCAGAAGGAGCAGGAGCAAGUGAGAGCCACAAGCCAGGGUGGGGACCUGAUGUCGGAUCUCUUUAACAAGCUGGUCAUGAGGCGCAAAGGUAUCUCAGGGAAAGGACCUGGGACAGGGGCCAGUGAGGGGCCAGGAGGAGCCUUCGCCAGGAUGUCAGACUCCAUCCCACCACUGCCUCCCCCGCAGCAGCCACCAGGAGAGGAUGAGGAUGACUGGGAAUCCUAGGAGGCUCAGCCAUUCCUUCCUCCUUUCUGAGAUGCAAACAGCCAGGUGGCUCCUGGGCCUGCGUGUUCUGUCAGCACAUGCCGCCCUGGGAGGGAAGAGAACCUGGAGGACUGUCCCAGGUCUAUCUGUGCCUGGACCCUCUUCCAGGAGCAGGGAGGCUGGCUUCUGUGACCAGACAGCUGAGGAGGGGGCUCGGCCUCCUUAGUCACCUCAGAGCUGGGGCUGGGGGGUGCAGUCAGUAUCUGCCUGUGGCCUACUGGUGUUCCUGCUCUACCGGCCCCUUCACCAGAGUGCGCAUCUCCUCCCAAAAGACACUUAGAGAUACGCGGUAACAUGCAUCAAUAAAGAAGUCCAAUGUAAGAACUGAGUAUAAA